CCUCCUCUCCACGCUAAGCAUACACAACUCAACAGUUCCUCAUAAGGCUUGGCUUCCAGGCCCUUUAUCAUCUUGCUCCACCUUCUCAGCACACAUUCCAGCUUGCCAAUAUCCUUCUUAACUUGUGGUGCCCAGGAGAGGACACAGGAGUCCAGGAUUAGGAGGAUAAGCAAAAGGUACCUUGGACCAGGUGGGUUUCAAGAAGAAUUUGACAGCAAAGGUGGGGUGUGACUUAGGUAUUCUGGGAGAGAAUUCCAGGCAUUAUUUGAGAAGGGGAGAACCUUUGUACUCUAGGGUGUGGUGAAACUGAAGGAGCAAAGGUGACUCUUAUGUGGACAUUCAGGCUGAGAAAUAACAGACUUGGCUACUGAGAGCCUUGAAGUUAAAACUGACAAGAUUGUGUGAGACACAGGAGCAGAGAGGGAGCCAGUUGAUUAAAGGAGGCGUGUCUGAGGCUUGAUUGGGUUAGCAAUAAACGGUAAGCAGUGGGUUUUUGUUAAACUGAAAGUCAGGUUUUAUUCAAAGUUGCUUACUUUCAUUUUUUAAUUUGCCUGCUUCCUGAACCAGAAGAACUAUCUCUUGAAGAGGUCCAUUUUGCUGUCUUAUUCUAUCUGAAGAGGUUCCUCUAGGAGAGAAGCUGUUGCGUGAGUGAUAUUGUAAAAUCUCUUAAACUAUUUUUAAUUGAGUUUCCUUUAUUAACAUGUUUGUUCAGAAGUAAGGCCCACUGACAUCAAUGAGACUUACUCCCUUGUAUGCAGGCACCGCUGCCUGAAUCCUUUACUGGGCAUUCUGCUAAAUGAAACAAGGUAGGAUUUGUUAUUCAUUGAGCUACGAAAAAGGAGAGGAGUAGGGUGUUUUUUAAAAAAAAUAGUUGCAAUGCAACAUUUCACUUUUCAGAUUAUAUUCCUUUUUCAAAUUCUGUGGAUGGCAUUCAGUGCUAAUUCUACUCAGAGCAGAGUCUUUGAAGUUAAUAUGCAUGAUUAACUUAUGCUCAGUAAUUUCAGUGGGUCAACUCGAGAGUAGUACUAACACCGAAUACCACCCAUAGGGUUUGUAUUACACCUUAUUCUAUUACUAAAUCAUGAAGGUUGCAGUUCUGCUUGCACUUGGGUGUAAGCUGCACUGAACUAAAACAUAAUAAUAAUGUUUAUUUUCUGCCAGACCUUUGUUUUUAAUUGUCUGUGGCUCCUUCAGUGGGUGGGAUGCCUUGGUCUUGCUGUUUACAUUUUUUAAAAAAAGAUUGCAUUUUUUGCCUUUUGUUUUUAUUCUGUUUUAAUUUCAUAUUUGUUUUAAUGUAUGAUUACAAGUGACUCUGACUUAUGUUUUUAAAACCCCCCCACUAUUAAUAGGUUCAAAUAAUAAUAACAAAAAGAAUAAUAAAUGAGGUUAUUAAGCAAACACAGAAAUGUAUUGUAAGAUAACAAGAAAUUAAAUGGAAGUAUGGGGGUGCCAGAAGGCCUAAAAUAUGGGUCAUAAAACAAGACCAAAGAGAGCCAGUGUGGUGUAGUGGUUAAGAGCGGUAGACUCGUAAUCUGGUGAACCGGAUUCGGGUCUCCGCUCCUCCACAUGCAGCUGCUGGGUGAUCUUGGGCUAGUCACACUUCUCUGAAGUCUCUCAGCCCCACUCACCAGAGUGUUUGUUGUGGGGGAAGAAGGGAAAGGAGAAUGUUAGCCGCUUUGAGACUCCUUUGGGUAGUGAUAAAGCGGGAUGUCAAAUUCAAACUCCUCCUCCUCCUCCUCCUCUUCUUCUUUGCAGCUGUGGAAGAAGAUUGUUGAUUGCAACCUUGUACAGUGGAACCUUGGUUUUCGAGCAUCUCAGAAGCCAAACGUUUUGGUUUUCGAAUGCCGAAAACCCAGAGGUAAUUGCUUCCAUUUUCGAAUGCACCAUGGAAGUCGAAUGGCUUCUGAGGCGCAUUUCUCAAUUUUCUCCAUUGAAAUUGCCGACCGCCCAUUGCGCCUUGGUUGUCAAACGUUUCGUAAGUCGAACGGUCUUCCAGAAUGGAUUACGUUCGACAACCGAGGUUCCACUGUAUCUUCUUGCAUUCCAAUCAAAACAGGGAGUAGAUCUUUGGUCUCUGGCUGCAUAUGAGAAAAGAACAGCAACUAAGACCCAAAAAGGUUUGCCCAAAGCAUUGCAGUUCAAAACCAACAGAUGAAUCAUGAGGCUUGUCAAGCUUAAGAUAUUGUGGGAAGCUGGGAGGGGAAGCGGCUCAGUGGUAGAACAUUUGCCUUGCAAGGAGAAGGUCCCACAUUCAAUUUCCUGCAUCUCCAGGUGUGGAAGAGAAAACUGUCAGAACCAUGGGAAGGAAAGCCAGCUGGCUUGGCCCCAGCCGAAGAGUCUCCCUUCUCAGCCUUGCCGCUGAGAAAUCCCACAUAUCUACAGCAAAGGGUGGAAUGGAAUUCCCAACAAAAACUCCCUGCCUGUAAUCCAGAAGGGCUACUGCCAAUCAGUGUAGGCAACCCUGAGCUAUAUGGACCAGUGGCCUGACUCAAAGUGGAAGGCAGCUGCCCAGCACACUUAUGUGUGUGUAUUCUGUCUGUAUAAUUUUAAAACAAGUUGUUGAAUUGUGCAUGCAUGUGUUGUGACCACUGUACAUUUUUUUAUAAAAAAAAUUCAAGGUCUAAACAAUGCCGAUUCAUGUGAAUGAUGUGAUUCAACUUCUGUGCCGACUAUCUGAAGUGCGGGGAAUGAAGGCGGCCAUCAAACAUUCGGGACGAGGAGCACUUAUGGCAGGUUUGGGUGCCUUCACUGGAGGCUUGAUGGCCGGACCGGUUGGACUUGCAGUGGGUGAGAACAUGCUCCCUUAUCAAAGGGAAACCUCAGUGCAAAAUGAUCUUGCCAUUGAACUAAAACAUUAGUGAAUGAAUAUGGAAACACAGGCUGGUGAAGGGAAGGGAAAAGGCUGUGGCUCAGUGGAAGGAGCACCUGCCUGGAAAGCAGAAGGUACCAGGUUCCACUGCCAGCACCUGCCAGGGUAGGACUAGGAGAGACUUCUGCCUGAAACCCUGGAGAGCCGCUGCUAGUCAGUGGAAGCAGUAAAGAGGGUGUCAAUCUAAGGCAGCUUCACUAAAUCAUGAUCCUGGCUGGCUUACUUGUUGUGCCGUGCAGAGCUAAAAGGACUCUGCAAUCUGCUCCUUGGGAGACAGCACAUUUGUGGCAGACCACGGUUUGGAGUAGCACUAUGUGCAAGUACAGCUAGAGUGGAUUUUUUGAGGUGGCAGAGGUGAAUAAACACAUUGAACUAACACUAAAUUGCAGUUUGGGAUGGAUGUGAUCAGAACCAGAAAUCCUCUCAAUCCAGUGAGCUAUUUCCCCUCUAUCUUCCACCCUGUUCCAUUUCCGCCUUGCAGCUGUCAAUGGGUAAAAUGUCUACACCUCCCAAAUGCCACCCCAUGUGUUUUUCAACUCCCUGCUCUAGCUUACUCCUAACUUUCCUUACUCUGAGGGAUUUCUCCUUUCCAAAAGCAGCCCCCAAGAGCUGGUUCGUUACUUAGGUUGUAUCAAAUGCUAAUCCUACUCAGCGUGACCAUAUUUGUAGUCAAAGGACAUGGCUAACACAUGUUCAGUAAAUUCAGUGGGCCUACUGGCUGGGUUUUCAAGUUUAUGAGCUCAAAUCCAGGAGUAGGCAACCUAAGGCCCGUGGGCCGGAUGCGGCCCAGUCGCCUUCUCAAUCCGACCCGCAGAUCCGUCUGAGAAUCAGCAUGUUUUUACAUUAGUAGAAUGAGUGCCUUUAUUUAAAAUGCAUCUCUGGGUUAUUUGUGAGGCCUGCCUGGUGUUUUUACACAAGUAGAAUGAGUGCUUUUAUUUAAAAUGCAUCUCUGGGUUAUUUGUGGGGAAUACGAAUUCGUUCAUUUCCCUCCCCCCCAAAAAAUAUAGUCUGGCCCACCACAUGGUCUGAGGGACGGUGGACCGGCCCAUGGCUGAAAAAGGUUGCUGGCCCCUGCUCUAAUCUAUCUCCACAACAGAAGACAAGGGGUGUGUGGGUGCAUGAGUGAGUGAAUGAAUGCAGCAGAAGGAUUGAAUCUGCAAAAAUGCUUUCUAGAUAGAGGCGUAAUGCUUUGAGAGCAGGGUGGCUUAAAACACCUCUCUGUGUUGUUUUUCUAGGUGGGGCACUUGGUGGCUUGAUUGCAGCCUCAAUGGCCAGUGGACAAUUUAAGCCCGUCCCUCAGAUUAUUCUGGAACUGCCUCCAAGAGAGCAAAAAAAGCUUUAUGAAGAUGUCCGGGCCGUUGUUAGGAACAUGGAUUGGAUGGAUGUGGCACAGCUCACAGCACUGGUCAUGGGAAGCUCAUCUGUUCAAGAGAAAUUGCUCAUGGUGGUGACAAACUACAUCACCAAGGAGCUUGGUGCUACAAUCAAGUAUGGAGAGUAAAAACCAUAAGAGCAGCAAUCUGUGAAGAGCAACAUAGAGAAGUCAAUGCUGCCUGAAGAUCCCGCCAACUAUACUGUGGAUGUUUGGUGCAAGUCCUAGGCUUUGCAGAGAUGACACAAUUAAAGGACUACAAUACUA